GUGUUUGGACCGGAAGGGCUUUUGGUUAUAGCUGUUAUGUUGGCUUGCAAGUAGCUAUAAUUUAAGAUAGAUAACGUUAAGGAAGCUAAUAUCUAUAAAGUUUAAUCCAUAAAGAAUGGACUCAGACUCGUUAUACUAUUCUCUGGAGCUCGUCGCCGGUAGCGGAGGUACUUUAAACGUGGAGCAAAGAGCCGCUCUGCAGACCUCUCUGGUGAUCCUGAAGAAGAACUACAAGUUCCAUCGAGUCCUGUUUUGGGGUAAAAUACUGGGAUUAAAGGAGGAUUAUUAUAUCGCUCAGGGGAGAGGAGAAGAUGAAAUGCAGGAUAAAAAUAACCACUACAGCUUCAACUGCAUGGACUGGUUCCUGCUGCCUCCUGCCACAGACUCCAUGAUCAAGGACGUGUCCAGAGCUGCAAAGUGUCGCUUCAUAGGAGACCCCUCACAUGUGUAUGAGCAUCUGCAGACCAACGGGCAAGAAGGGACGGCUGAUGAAGUGACCAAAGUCAGUGAGGAGAUCAGGCUGGCAGUGACGAUUCAUCUAAUCGAUGAGGAAGCGUCUGUGGUGCCACGUGGCGCCUUCGUCAAGAGUCCGCAUGGCCUUGUCCAGAUGAACCGCAGCUUUGGUGGUCUGUCUCACUCAGAAGCAGGGAGCCUUGACAACUACCUUCACUUCAGCGACCCAAAGAAUCUGAACAAGAAAUCCAUCCUGGAAAUGGGUGAUUUGAACCCGGCUAUCGACUUCCUAGAUGUACUGAGUGAUGACAUUCCUGAAGGAUCAUGGAGUCUUCAGCUCGAACGUGCCGGCCAUGUGCGCGUGCUUCGCAGCCUGCUGUGGCUCGGCCUGAGCUUCUAUCACGUGCCGAUGACGCCGCAGCACGGAUACAUCUACAUCGGAGAUGGGACCAAGAAUUUGGACAUCCCCUUCAUGCUAUAAAAAGUAUAAUAUAUAUCUUUGCACCUACUUCAAGCUACAUAUUCUUCAUGUGUCUGUUGUUAUCAACCCUCAAAUUGUAUUCUAUGUAACAUAUUGCAGGACUUUUUGUUAAGUCUUAUCUCACACAAAUAAACUGAAGAGGUACAGUCAUGCA